GCGCGCACAGGCGUUGCCAUGACGCUGAAUGGAAACCACAGAAGGUGAACAGAGGAGAUGUACUGUAGCUGAUAAAGUGAGCUAAAAUGAGCAAUUAUCACCUGAUAAGCACUGAUUCUUUUAGUUCAGGUGGAUUUAGUUAAAAAUAUCCGCGAGUCUGACGCAGGUUUAAAGGCACUCAACUUGAGUUUUGUAGUGUUGUCGUCGUGUUUCUGUUGAGCGGAUAUGAAGGCUCACAGCGGUGAGGUCGGAGUGUUUGUCCGGAUCAGACCAACGGCGAACUUCUCCCAAGACAUUAUUGAAUGUCUUCCUGACGGACAGACAGUGAAUAUUCAUCACAAGAAAGACACCAAGAAGCCCCUCUGCCCCAGAAAGAUUCAGCGGAGUUCCUGGUCAUUCCGACUGGAGGGCGUCCUGCAGGAUGUAUCCCAGGAAGAGGUGUACACCAGAGUUUGCAGACGGGUGGUGCUGGGAGCACUGGAUGGCUAUAAUGGCACUGUGCUGUGUUUUGGGCAGACGGGUGCAGGAAAGACAUACACCAUGACAGGCUCCACAGAAUCAUACAAGCAGAGAGGCAUCAUUCCUCGGGCCAUUCAGGAGGUGUUUCAGGAGGUGCAGAAAAGGACUGAGCACACUUUCUCUGUAUACCUGUCCUACUUGGAGAUCUACAAUGAGACCCUGGUGGACCUGCUGGCCUCGUUGCAAAGCUCAGCACACCCCAGUCCACGUAGUAUGGUGAUUAGUGAGGAGCCAGGCAGAGGAGUGUUCAUCAGAGGUCUGUCCCUUCACCCGGUCCACAGUGAGGAGGAGGCUCUGAACCUGCUGUUCGAGGGUGAGAUGAAUCGCGUUAUUGGAUCUCAUGCAUUGAACAGGAACUCCUCCAGGUCCCACUGUAUCUUCACUUUGCAUUUAGAGUCUCACUCACGGACUCUGUCUGAUGCCAAGUAUGUCACCUCCAAGUUGAACCUGGUGGAUUUAGCUGGGUCAGAGAGGCUGGGAAAGACUGGGUCAGAGGGUCAGAUGUUCAAGGAAGCCAUGUACAUCAACAAGUCGUUGUCUUUCCUGGAGCAGGCCAUCCUGGCCCUGGCCGACCGUCGCAGAGACCACGUUCCCUUCAGACAGACUAAACUCACUCAUGCCCUCAAGGACUCAUUGGGAGGGAACUGCAACACUGUGCUUGUGGCAAACAUCUACGGUGAGGCGUCCCAGAUAGAAGAAACACUCUCUACACUGCGUUUUGCCAGCAGAAUGAAGUGCAUCCGGACAAAUCCUGCUGUCAAUGAACACAUGGAUCCAGCUGCUCAGAUCAAGAAGCUAAAGAAGGACGUACAGAUGCUGAAAGAGGAACUGUCCUUCGGUAAUACAUUGGUGGACCGGCCCAGCGUACCGUACGAUCCGUUGUCUGAGGCCCAGCUGGCCGAGAUCGACAGCCAGGUUCAGAGGUACCUGGAGGGAAGCCUGAAGGAAAUCAGUAUCAUAAGUGUCAGUCAGGUCCGAGCAUUAUUCGCCAAGUUCAAGCUGGCUGUGCAGGGACAGGAGCAGAAGGUGAAUGCUCGAUUACGUCAGACCUACAACUUGGGGGAGGAAGACCAAAGAGCUGAUACACCUGCUGUCAAGGAGUGGGAUACCAGAGGCAGCACUGAGGAAGAUGAGGCGGGCAGCUUUGAGGUGUCACACAAAAACACCCAGCGCCCGAGUUCAACCAGAGCCAAAACUAAAAAGUCUAAGGACAAACAGAGCCAAAGCAAGAGACAAGGAGAGGAGAGUCCGCUCUCUAAGAAGCGUUCAGACUCUGCCUCCAAACCAAAGUUGAAUUCUGUCCAGAGCCCCGAAAGGGAACAGGAGUUUCAGGAACCAGACACGGAGAGCCAGGAACCACAGGAGUCACAACCAAAUGGCAAAGAACCCUUUCACCCUGACUCUACUCUUACCAAAGCGGAAGCCUUUGAUGAUUUUAAAAUGGGCAGAGGCAGCAAGCUAAAUCGCAUCCUUCAGGAGAACAAGGCUGUGCUACUGGAGCGCCGCAGUCUUCAUUGGCAGUUAACUGACAAGGUCAACGCUGUGAAGAGAGAGAUCGACUGCACCGCGGCCACCAUGCAGCAGUACAGGGAGACGAGAGGAGGCCAAGGUCGGUAUUCGGAGCCAGAUGACACCUUAUUGAACCAGCUCAGAGAGCUGAAGGCCCUGUACCGGCAGAGAUAUGAGGUGCUGAUCGACAUCAAGGCAGAAAUCAACUACUGUCAGCACCUGGUGGAUCAGUGCAGGGUGCGUCUGCUAUCUGAGUUUGAGAAGUGGUAUAAAAAGUAUUUCCUGGUACCCGAGGAGGAUCUGGAGACAUCUAUGGAUAACACCCUUGAUCAAUGUGAUGAUAACCAGCUUCCUCCUGAGAGCUCCAGCUCUGAGUCCUUCCACAACGCCCGCUACAGAAUGCUGAGAAGGAGGAACACCCGGUCGCUGUACGUCACUCCAGAGCAGAGGAGCUCGUCUUCAGGGUCCGGACAGAGAACACUUCCCCCCCGUUAGCUAAGUGAGUUUAUGUAAAAACUACAUUUUGGUGAGCUAUGGUCUCCACAUCUUCUUUUCUCUUGGAGUUUUUCUUCAUUCAAUCAAGCAAAAAAGACUAUAUACAACAGAUCAGCUUCUUAAAUGAAAAGUAAAAUUUAUUAUUCCUGAACCACAAAAUAGACUUCUUUGGUUGUACAAAUUCACUAGUUACAGUCUUGUGAGCUCUAACCCUUGACCCUAGAACUUCUGACCCUUUCCCUCUGACAUAUUUGCAAGUAAAAGUCCCAAAAAAGGACUCGAGACAAAAGAAUAAACACAACAACUUGAAACACUGCAUUAAUGUAGUGAAACCCAUCUGAAAAAAAAGAAUUACCUACUGCAAGUAAAAAAAAGAAGAUAUCAACCAUUGCAAAUGUUAUCAAACAAACUGAAUUUCAGUCAGUGAGAGCAACAUGGAAACUAUGAUUAAAAGACCCUACUUUAAAUUAAAACAAUGCUACUAUGCUGUGAUUCUGCAAAAAUACCCAUCAGAUACAUAAACUGACAGCAUGUGGAGCAGUGAACUGAACAAUGUCUUGAGGGGGAUUUCUAAUUGCUUCUGACCCCCGCAGCUCUUCCAUUAACAAACCAAUAUACAUGCAGAGAGCAUCCCAGCACCAAGCCUGUAAGACUGACUCAGUUUCAACCCGACGUUUGCUUUCCUUUCAGUAUUUGUACAUUAUUCACACAAUAAUAAAAUGAUUUUUCAGUGGCGUCAGAUUUAAAUAGACAGAAAAAUAAAACACCUGCUACCUUCACAUCACUCUGGAAUACCUCCAGAUAAUUCAAGGAUACAAAUGAAUGAUUCACAUUGCAAAAUAAAAAAACAAGACCCUAAACAGGGCAGGGUGAGUACCGUUAAUUAUUAAAUGAUACUUGGUUCCUAACGUGUGAUAUGUUUAUCUGUAAAAACUGCCUGCUUAGUGUAGUCAGAUUCUCUCAAUGGGGAAUGUAACAAUCACAGGUAUGACCAACUACCGUGAGCAACAGAUAUCAAGAGAUCUAAUUAUUGAUAUGCUUCUCUAAAAAUGUGAAUUCAUAAGUGUACAUAAAGUGAAAUGAAUUAGUUUAGUAUUUAAAGAUACAUUACGAUAACCAUCAGUCAUGCACUCCCAAAGGAGGUUAAAACAGAGGGCCUUCAAUUUGAGUAAAACGCUAAAAACAAUAAAUUACUUAAGAUAUAUGUUCUUUAAAAGUUGAUAGGUGGCAGUGCAUAAAGAUAUGUAUUGUUUUUGUGUUUUUAAAAAGCUCUCCACAAUUUGUGACUGAAGGUAGCAGGAUGUUCCCUCAAUUAAUAUAUACACUCCUGUCCGAGUCUCUAGAAACCCCUGACAUUUUUACAAUCUAGUCACUGAAAGGCUAAAAAUAUAAUUCAACAAGUUAGUAUAGCUAUGACCCAUUUCUUUUCUCUUCCAGUAUGUUCUUUUUAAACAGCAAAAUCGUUAGAGGUGCAAAAAUAAAAAAAAUAAAAACUUCGGCCGCUUCCUUUU